AUGGCCAAGGUCUACGAGUCAAACGAGGAGGCGGCGGAGCUGCUCGGCCUCGCAUAUCAACGUAUUGGCGACAGGGAUACAGCCAAGGAGCUUCAGCAGCAACUGCUGCUGGUUCUGUCUCCAAAGCGCUUUGAAUUCUGCGCCUCUCAGAUUGCUGCUGAAAUAUGUGCUCUUGAAGAGGGACAGGCGGUGGAGAGACACUGGAGUGCAGCAGCAGCAGCAGAUAAUUUGUCUCUAAAUCAGUGGCUGAAGACACGCGAUUUGUGUUAUUCUGGUGAAGAUGUCGCAGCAGCAAGUUUCUCUGAGAGGCGCCUACUUCUAGAGGAGCUGCUGACUGAGUUGUUGGGGGCUCGGCUUGAGAAGGGACAGGUGCUGUCUUCGUCUCUGUCUCUGGCGCCGUCUCCUCUUCCGCGGCUGCAGCAGCAUCAGCAGCAGCAGCAGCAGCUGCUGCUGCUGCAUGAGGCGCUGCGCUCUCUCUGUCUCUCUCUUUCUGUCUCUCCUCCCUCCAACCUGACCCCACAGCAGAUGAAGACUGCUAUGCAUGCAGCAGCUGCUGCUCUAGCCAGCAAAAUUAUUCAGCGGAGACAGCAGCAGAAAGAGCUUCCUGUCUCCGCCGUUUGUGUGUCUCCUUAA